GCCACGUUAUUUCCUUUAAUACCGUAAUUCAUACAACACAUGCAAAAUGGGUCUUCCUUUGAGUGGUAAAAUUUACCAUGCUUUGGUUUUGAUCUACUAUUGUUCCUCGUAUUAUUACUAUUGUGAACAUGUUUAUUAUCCGGCUAAUAAGUCAGAUUUUCGACCACAGAGCUAUCGAUAUGGAGGGGAUACCAAGUUUCUCACGAUGUGGUGCUGGUUCUUCCAGAUUGUCUACUUCUUCUCUUGUUGUGUUGCCGAUGUGACUGAGAUCGUAGGAGUGAAAUCCAAAAUGAUGCACUCACUGAGGGACUGGGUUCUCUCUUCUGUUGCAUUCCCCAUUGGACUGAUGGUGGUUGGCAUGUUUUGGAUACUAUGGUCCAUCGACAGAGAGUUGGUCUACCCAAAGGAGUUGGAUGAGAUCUUUCCAGUCUGGCUUAAUCAUGUUUUACAUACAAACGUCUUACCGAUCUUAUUAAUGGACAUGUGGUUAGUACGACACAAAUAUCCAUCCCGAUUGCUUGGCAUUACGAGUCUUCUAUUCAUCUCCGCACUUUACAUGUCAUGGAUAUUUUGGUUAGGAUAUGGCGUCGAUAUCUGGGUCUACCCGAUUCUUCGGGUCCUCUCUGGGUUCAAGUUUGCUCUCUUCAUUGUCGUAUGUGCCAUCACACCACUACCAGUCUACCUUCUUGGCGAAUUAUGCAUCAAUGUUUUCCAUGGUCCAAAUACGAUGAAAGAAUAUCGAUCGAAGAAGGCUGAAUGAACAGUAAAAUGAUGAUCUCUACUUUAUCUCAAUUGAGAUUUAUGACGGGUAACGGCCAAAAGUCUUCUCAACGUUUAUAAUAUGAGCCUGCUGGAACAUGCUGUAUCAGCUGGUCGGACGAUUGAGUGAUUUGCCUUUCAGCCAAACUUGUUAUGAAAAUGCUCUAGAAAAAUAUUUCCAUGGCAUUUUGAGGGUAAUGCAAGGAAUUAUAAUGUUUCUUCUUUUCUCUUGAUAAUAAUUAUUUCAGCCACGAAUGUUGAGUUUUGGUAAACACCAUGGAUGUAGUAUAGUAAUAAAUCCUGGGCACAUGUAUUGCAAAAGAUUAUCAUGAUUAGAAUGAUAACAAUGGGACCACUACUCCAAUCAUAUUACUAAAUGUACUACUACUACUACUACUACUACUACUACUACUACUACUACUACUACUACUAAAAUUGAUGAAUAUACUGACGAUGCUGAUCAUGACAAUAAUGAUAAUAAUUAUUUUAAAAAUAGCAAUAGUAAUAACAGUGAUGACAACAACGAUCAUUAUAACAAUAAUAAUAAUAACAAUAAUAUGAAUAGUAGAAGUAGUAGUAGUAGUAGUAGUAGUUGUAG